AUGGCAGCUUCAAAGUUAGUAUUUGUGUUGGUAGUUAUGGUGGUUGCAUCUUUCCAGUUCCAAUCCACGGUGGCGCAGACAAGGCACGUCGUCGCAGACGCCUUUGGUUGGAACAUUCCAUCUGCUGCCGACACCUACACCACCUGGGCUUCUGGCCAGACCUUCACCGUCGGCGAUUCUUUGUUUUUCAACUUCACCACAAGAUUCCAUGACGUUACAGAAGUUUCACAGGCGGCGUACGGCCCAUGCACCAUCGCUAGCCCCAUUAACUCCGUCACCACCGGCCCUGCUACGGUCAACUUGAGGACUCCCGGCAACCACUACUAUAUCUGUAGUGUCGGAGCUCAUUGCCGGAGUGGUCAGAAACUUACCAUCAACGUUGCUGCAGCUGGCACUGCCGGUACUCCUCCUCCGUCUACCUCCAGUCCAGCUCCCGCUGGUAGCAUGAUGCCGCCGCCAUCACCACCACCGCCAGCUGGUAACGCAUCCCCAUCUUUCACCGCCGUUGUACCCGCCACUUUCUUGGCCGCUGCUUUAGCUUUCUUUUACUAG